AUGGCCGCGCGCUCGUCGCUGAUGCGGCCGCUGCGCUCUGCUCUGACCGCUGCCGCCCGCGACACGAGCUCGAGAAGCGCAACCAGGACCUUCACCUCUACAGCACUGAGGGCGAAAGAGCUGGCCGGCGACGCCUCCGACCUGCCCAAUAUGAGACAUGCACGGCGGAGCGAGACUGGGAAGCUCCAUGCACCCAUUGUAAACCCAGCCGGUAUACAUGUUGCAAGCGAUCAGUGGAAGCGCAGCUGUCGUGCUAACGCCUCACGAGAUAAACACCAGGAGAAGAGCCAAUCCCUCCACGCAUACGGACAGUACCUGAUUUCGUGUCUACCCAAAUACAUUCAGCAGUACGUCGAAAUGCUCUCAGCGCUUGUCCUUCGCCGAUUGACACCAGGGCAGGUUCUCCGUGUGGAAAGAUGAGCUCACCAUCUACAUCCCUCCGGCCGGCGUGAUUCCCACCCUUUCUUUCCUCAAAUACCACACCGCCGCCGAGUUCACCAUGGUUGCCGACAUCACCGCCGUUGACUUCCCUACGCGCGAUCAGCGCUUCGAAGUCGUCUACAACCUUCUCUCCGUCCGUCACAACGCCCGCAUCCGGGUAAAGACUUAUGCAGAUGAGGCGACGCCCGUCCCUUCGAUCACAAGUCUGUACGAUGGUGCGAACUGGUAUGAGCGAGAGGUGUAUGAUCUGUUUGGCGUCUUCUUCGUCGACCACCCAGAUCUGCGGAGGAUUAUGACGGACUACGGCUUCGAUGGACACCCCCUGCGGAAAGACUUCCCUCUGACGGGAUACACGGAGAUCAGAUAUGACGAGGAGAAGAAGCGCAUAGUUGUCGAGCCACUGGAAUUGACACAGGCAUUCAGAAACUUCGAGGGAGGUACAGCAGCGUGGGAGCAAGUUGGACCAGGACACGACCGCAAGCCAGAUACGGUAAGUGUGACUUGAACGUUCAACCUUCUUGGUGGCCUGCUGCUGACUUGCAUACAGUUCAAAUUACCAACACCAAAGCCAGAGCCGCCGAAAGAGGAAGAAAAGAAAUAG